CUCUCUCGCCUUCGGAUUCCACCGACGCGACGAGCGCUCUCCUCCAUCUUCUUCUUCUUCUGGUCUUAGGGUUGAAGCGAGGAGGUGGAGCGAUGGAGGCUUCGAAAGGCUUGGCUGCUCUGCUCCUUGUUGCUGGGGUUACCAUGGCGUUGAUGGACUCAGCUGGGGCUUACGUCUUCUACGCUGGAGGGAGGGAUGGCUGGGUGCUGCAUCCCUCCGAGAGUUAUGGUGAUUGGGCAGAGAGGAAUAGGUUUCAGGUUGCUGACACCAUUGUGUUCAAGUACAAGAAGGGGGAGGACUCUGUUCUGGUGGUGAGCAAGCAGGAUUACGAUGCAUGCGACGUGAGCAAACCGAUCCGGAAGCUCGAUGGAGGCGAUUCCGUGUUCAAGUUCGAUCGGUCGGGGCCGUUCUACUUCAUCAGCGGCGCGCCGGGGAACUGCCAACAGGGGCAGAAGCUGGUGGUGGUGGUCAUGGCCGUGAGGAACUGUCCGCCCAUCUCUUCUCCUCCAUCCCUCCCUCCGUCGCCACCUCCUACUUCCGACACGCCCCCUGCUUCAUCUCCUUCACCUGCACCAGUAUCCCAUGGUCCUGCGCCACGCCCAUUUCCGAAACCCCAUCCUCCAACCCCAGCACCAUCCGCAGCUCCCGUGCCCGGGUCUCCUCCUCCUAAAUCCUCGGUUGGCGCCGUGUCUGGUCCUGGGAUAUCGCCGGCACCAGCUCCCGUCGAACCGGCCUCCUCUUCGUCAUCCUCCUCGUACGCAUCGAACUGGUCCCUGGUGACGGUGCUGCUGCUCAUGGUUCUCGGUGCUUCCUCCUUCGCCUAAUGCUGUGUGUUGGUGUCCGUCGUUUAUACCUAUUACCGCUGUCUGUGUCGAGCGCGAUAUAUAUGGGUCUGCAUCUUGUUUCCUUCGUUCCCGUAUUUGUAUCUUAAUUCUAUGGAAAUGGAAGAAGAAAAUUAC